GUCGAUGGCAUGCACUCCCAGCUAUUCUUAGGAGCCUCCCAGGAGCUCUGCACAGCCUGGCCAGGCAGCAAGGGACACAGCAGAGGAAGCCACUGCUGUCAGUACCGGUAUGUCUUACAGUGUGACUCUGACUGGGCCUGGGCCCUGGGGCUUCCGCCUACAAGGAGGCAAGGACUUCAAUAUGCCCCUCACUAUCUCCCGGAUCACUCCAGGCAGCAAGGCAGCCCAGUCCCAGCUCAGCCAAGGAGAUCUUGUGGUGGCCAUUGAUGGUGUCAACACAGACACUAUGACCCACCUGGACGCCCAGAACAAGAUCAAAUCUGCCAGCUACAACCUGAGCCUCACCCUGCAGAAGUCCAAGCGUCCUAUUGCCAUCUCCACAGCAGCGCCCCCAAUCCAGUCCCCACUGCCAGUGAUCCCCCACCAGAAGGACCCCGCUCUGGACACGAACGGCAGCCUGGCGACUCCCAGCCCCAGUCCUGAGGCGAGGGCCAGCCCAGGCACCCCGGGCACCCUGGAGUUCGGGGACACCUUUAGCUCCUCCUUCUCCCAGACCUCUGUCUGCGCCCCACACACGGAGGUCCCGGAGUCUGUCCUUCCUCAGGGCAGCCCAGUGGCUAAGACCAGCCCAGAGGGUGUACAGGGCUCAGUCAGCCCCAAAGUUCUGCCAGGCCCCAGGCAACCGAGGCAAUAUAACAACCCCAUUGGCCUGUACUCAGCAGAGACCCUGAGGGAGAUGGCUCAGAUGUAUCAGAUGGGCCUCCGAGGGAAGGCCUCAGGUGCUGGACUCCUAGGAGGGAGCCUCCCAGUGAAAGACUUGGCUGUGGAUAGCGCCUCUCCGGUGUACCAGGCUGUGAUCAAAAACCAAAGCAAGCCAGAAGAUGAGGCUGAUGAGUGGGCCCGCCGGUCCUCCAACCUACAGUCUCGCUCCUUCCGCAUCCUGGCCCAGAUGACAGGGACAGAAUACAUGCAAGAUCCGGAUGAAGAAACUCUGCGGAGGUCAAGGCCACAAGCCUCUGCCUACAGCCCUGCGGCAGCCACUUCUCCAGCACCCUCUGCCCACACCAGCUACAGUGAGGGUCAAGCUGCCCCUGCACCCAAGCCCAGGGUGGUAACCACUGCGAGCAUCCGGCCUUCUGUCUACCAGCCAGUGCCUGCAUCUACCUACAGCCCAUCCCCAGGAGCCAAUUACAGUCCAACUCCCUAUACCCCCUCACCUGCUCCUGCUUAUACCCCCUCACCUGCACCCACCUAUUCCCCAUCCCCUGCACCAGCUUAUACCCCCUCACCUGCCCCGAACUAUAACCCUGCACCAUCGGCAGCCUACAGUGGAGGCCCUGCAGAGUCCACCAGCCGCCCACCCUGGGUGACUGAUGACAGCUUCUCUCAGAAGUUUGCUCCUGGAAAGAGCACUACCUCUGUCAGCAAGCAGACCCUGCCCCGGGGCGCUCCAGCCUACAACCCAACAGGUCCACAGGUGACCCCUCUUGCCAGGGGCACCUUCCAGAGAGCUGAACGCUUCCCAGCUAGCAGCCGGACUCCCCUCUGUGGCCACUGCAACAAUGUCAUCAGGGGCCCUUUCUUGGUAGCCAUGGGCCGCUCUUGGCAUCCAGAAGAGUUCAAUUGUGCCUACUGCAAGAACUCCCUAGCAGAUGUAUGCUUCGUGGAGGAGCAGAACAAUGUUUACUGUGAACGGUGCUAUGAGCAGUUUUUUGCCCCGCUCUGUGCCAAAUGCAACACCAAGAUCAUGGGGGAAGUGAUGCACGCUCUGAGACAGACAUGGCAUACUACCUGCUUCGUCUGUGCAGCCUGCAAGAAGCCCUUUGGAAACAGCCUCUUCCACAUGGAGGAUGGAGAGCCAUACUGCGAGAAAGACUACAUCAAUCUGUUCAGCACCAAGUGUCAUGGAUGUGAUUUUCCUGUGGAAGCUGGUGACAAGUUUAUUGAGGCCCUGGGGCACACCUGGCAUGACACCUGCUUCAUUUGUGCGGUCUGCCAUGUGAAUCUGGAGGGGCAGCCAUUCUACUCCAAGAAAGACAAACCGCUGUGCAAAAAGCAUGCGCAUGCCAUCAACGUGUAGGGGCUCCAAAGUGGCUGGUGAGGGCCCGGCCCAGGCUGCUCCUGCUAUGACAAUGAAGGAGUCAAAGAAGCUGAUGUUUCUUCUGGCGG